AGAGAGAGAGAGAGAGAGAGAGAGAGAGAGAGAGAGAGAGAGAGAGAGAGAGGCAGCAGGGUUGUUCUCUGGAGGUGGACGUGGCGGGUCCGGUAGAGUUAGAAGUCUGGCAACUGUGGCAGCGGCCAAACCGAGAGAGCCAUGAACCGGGCAGACCUCAGGCCAUUCCCUGUCAGGUGUGGGUGGUGACACAGGCAGGGGGUGUCGGUGACACACCGUCUCCCGUUGUCUGAACCCCAGGGGGGUCAGGUGUUCCAACAUUCCAUCUCAGCCUCCCCCCUCUUUCUUCCCAGGACGGGUAGAUUCUCCAGAAAGAGAUGGAGGAGAAGAGUGGGUGACUGAAAGAACACCUACUAACCAGACAGCAGGGUAGAGAGAAAGAGUAAAGAGGAGAGGAAGAGUAAAGAGACUUUUAAAGCAACUCUUCCCCCCUCACCAUGACUGAGUUGGAGACUGAAUGCAUGAGCUUGGGGCUACUCACCUCCCUUUCCUCUGAGUGCGGCUCCCCACCCACACCUCUGAUGACCCCUCCCUCCAGGUGGACUGCCCCUCCGGGCCCAAUGUCUCCGCUGCGACCCCGACACCUGGCCCUCCUUUCUUCAGACUGCCCCACACCCACCCUCAGCUCCCUGGCAGCUGAGAUUGCUGAGCCUUUGGUGAUGCUUCCGUGUGUGAAGAGUGAACCUGAGGAUGUGGACUUGGAGCCAAUUCGGACUGUGGACCUUUCUGAGAUACAGCCGCUGUCAACUGCCGAACUGGGCCAGGACCAGAUAAAGAUGGAGAUCAGCGGCCUAGACUACAUCAAGUCAGAGCACCAUGGUCACCACGGCAACCACCACCUGGGGCCCUUCCACCACACUGACAUCACUGAGCUGGAAUACAAGUCCCACUAUGAGCCCAGCUUGGUGUUCGACUACAUUUCCCAGGUAUCGGACACUCUGGAGUUCAUUAAGUCGGACCACCAUGUAGACCUGCAGUGCUACUACGCCACAGAGCUGGGCUCCCUGAAGCAUGAGUACCCAGAAACCAACCUGAUGUCCAGCCACCUUCAGCGCUCGGACCUGCAGCACAAUGGUCUGGAGUCCAUCCAUAUGGCCGAGCUCCGCACCGAGCUUAAUAAGCUCAGACCGGAUCCCAUGUUGAUGGAUGGCAUGGGAAAGCUGGACCCUGAGUUUGGGGGUGAUGGGGUAUUGUACGAGCUCCAGCCUGCUAAUGGAGGCAAGUCUUCACAAGCAGUGACUUCGGCAGCGACUGGGCAGGGUACCGGCGGCAUUUUGGCUGGCACCACUAAGACCAAAAACCCCACUGUGCGGAAACCGCGCAACAUGCUGGGGGAGAAGCCAUUCUCCUGCACGCAGUGUGGGAAAAACUUCAGCACUCUGGGCAACCUGAAGACCCAUCAACGAAUCCAUACUGGGGAGCGGCCGUAUACCUGCUCCCAGUGUGGUAAGAGCUUUGGUCAGGCAGGGAACCUCAAACGGCACCAGCUGAUCCACACAGGCCAGAAGCCAUAUGUGUGUGCCCACUGCCCCAAGGGCUUUACCAAGGCUGAUGACCUGCGCGCCCACCAGCGGCUCCACACAGGUGAGCGUCCCUUCUGCUGUGCCACGUGUGGGAAAAGCUUCAGCCAGUCCAAGGAGCUGAAAGCCCACCAGCUGAGCCACACAGGCGAGCGGCCAUACUGCUGCCAGCACUGUGGCAAGAGUUUCACCAAGGAGAUGAGUUAUCGCAGCCACCUGCAGAUCCACACUGGUGAGAAGCCCUUCAGCUGCUCGCAGUGUGGCAAGACUUUUAGCAACUCCGGUGUACUCAAAACCCAUGAGAAGAUUCAUACUGGGGAGCGACCCUUCGGCUGCACGCAGUGCGGCAAGAGCUUUGGGCGACUCGGACACCUAAAGGCCCAUCAGCAGAUCCACACUGGGGAGCGUCCGUUUGCAUGUUCCCAUUGUGGUAAGACUUUUAGCCAGUCUGGCCACCUCAAAGCACACGAGCAAAUCCACAAGCGAGAGCGGGUUGACACAGGGAGCACCAGCAGCAAUGGCAGCAGCAGCAGCACGAUGGGAAAUGAUAGCAGCUAAAAGAAACAUAAUACCCCUUUAACCUUUUAAAAAAAGUAUUAUUCCUUUUUUUUUUAUAAAUGCUAUAUAUUAAUUUUUUUUCCUGUAUGACUUUUUUCUUACAUUUUUCAUACAUUUUUGUGCUCUUUUUUGCAUUAUGUAAAUGGGAAGGGUCGACUUUGACUGAUUUGCUCUUAUGCAAGUGUCCGUGUGUGUGUAUGUACAUGUUAUGUACUGCGUGUCUGUUGGGGUGGGGGUGGUAACCAAGGCUCUUGUAGAUAAUCUUGAUAACUGGUCUCUGGUCUGUCUGUACUUUAUUUAGUAUAGAGGUGCACCGAUACCUUUUUCUCAAGGACCAAGCAGAAAUACUUAUAUAUAUUUUUUAGUACUUGCUGAUGCGAGCACCAGCCUUUAGUUCACCAAGUGAGUACUUAUCAAUGUAGAGUACUUAAUUUUGUACUUUGUGAUACUGCACAAUCUUUUACCAACCAAGUAUGAGUACUUAAUUUUUGAUACUUGCCAAUCAGAGUACUUGUCAUUUACUGCGUACUUGCAAGUGAUGCUGAUCAGAUUUUGACCAAGUAUAUACAUAUAUACACAGUGGGGUCCAAAAGUCUGAGACCACGAGUGAAAAUGCUUUUAUAAUGCUAUAUAAAAUGCAGUCCAUUCACCAUUUACAAUUCUAUUUUGCAUUCUUUUUGAAUCUAAUACAAAGUUUUUCAUUACAGAUGAUUUCAGCUUAAAAGUUUGAGUGAAAAGUUGAAUCUUUGAAAAAUGUACAUGACUGUCAGAAUGUCUUGGUGUUGGUAUGUCCCCUUUUUGCUUUAUUGACAGCAUGCACUCUAGCUGGUAUGGACUCCGCAAGGUUGUACAAAAUCUGAUAACCCAUGUUGUCUCAGCACGAUCUGCCAAUGUUCCAAAGAACUUCUUGUGAUGGGGCAGAAUGCUCGGCUUUCUCAGUCUUCAAGCACCCCAUAGGUGUUUAAUGGGGUUGAGGUCAGCUGGCUGUGGAGGAAAGUCCAUGACAGUCAGCACUCCUUGGUCUUCUCUGAUCUUCAGGUAUUUCUUGCAAAGCUUUGAGGUGUGUUUGGGGUCAUUAUCCUGCUGCUGUAUGAAUCCUUCUCCACAUUGACACAAACC